AUGGAUUUGUCAGUAUGCUUGAGCGGAACCGUCGAGAAACUGUCCCAAACCGACAUCAAGAUAAAGAUAUACCGUUCUCACAAAGAAAAGAGACAUUAUAGUUGCUAUGAAAUGAUAAAACUGCACGAGAGAAGAGAUCAUCUCAGUUGUGAUGCAACAUACGUUGGUGAUGGUGUCUAUGUUGUUUGCGACAAGAUCUGUUACUUCAUGGUGAUGAUGGUAACUCUCACUUGA